AUGCCCCAGCGCCAGUUCGACCCCAACUUCACCCCCUAUGUCAUCAACUCCAUGGGCCCCAAGACCCCCGAGCGCGCUCGCGUCAUUCUGGGGUCUCUGAUUCGGCAUAUCCAUGACUUUGCGCGCGAGGUCGAGCUGACACCCGCCGAGUGGAUGCUCGGGGUCGAGUUCAUCAACUCCAUCGGUCAGAUCAGCACCCCCAUUCGGAAUGAAUGCCACCGCAUCUGCGAUGUCAUCGGUCUUGAGUCCCUGGUGGACGAGAUCGCCAACAAGAUCGUCACCGACGAUGGCGUCUCUCCCACCUCCAACGUCAUCCUGGGCCCCUUCUGGUCGCCCAACGCCCCCUUCCGCAACCUGGGCGACUCCAUCAUUCAGGAUCCCAACCCCAACGGCAAGGUCACCUUCAUGCACGGUCGUCUGACCGACAUGGAGACCGGCAAGCCCAUCGUCGGCGCCGUCCUCGACAUCUGGCAGGCCUCCGCCAAUGGCCAGUACGAUUUCCAGGACCCCAACCAGUCCGAGAACAACCUGCGCGGCAAGUUCCGCUCCAACGAGAACGGCGAGUUCUACUGGUACUGCUACCACCCGACCCCGUACUCGCUGCCCACCGAUGGACCGGCAGGUGUGCUCCUCAACCUGAUGGACCGCUCUCCCAUGCGUCCCGCCCACAUUCACCUGAUGAUCACCCACCCCGACUACGCCACCGUCAUCAACCAGAUCUAUCCCAGCGAUGAUCCUCAUCUCGAUAUCGACUCCGUGUUUGCGGUGAAGGACGAUCUGGUUGUCGACUUCAAGCCCAAGACCGGUGAUCCCAAGGCGGAGCUCGAUCUGGAGUACAACGUGCGCAUGUCGCUGAAGAAGCACCACCCCAAUCCCAACUCGGCGCCCCCGGUGUCUUCCUUUGAGCGGUUCAACAAGGACACGAAGAAGACGCAGGAGAAGCUAUGGUACGGACAGCUUUUGAUCGAGUAG